AUGACAAGCCGCUUUCAGAAAGAGCUAGAUGUGGCAUGCAUCGCUGUGCAGCACUGCGCAGUCCUGACGCAACGUCUACAACGAGAGACUCUCAGCCAAGAUGAACAGGUUGAGAAAGGUGACCUGUCACCCGUGACGAUUGGGGACUUUUCCGCGCAAGCUCUCCUCACUUCUGCCACUCAUUGUGCUUUUCCAGACGACCGCUUCUUAGCUGAAGAAUCUGCCGAUGACCUGAGGAGCAAUGCAUCACUGCUGGACCACGUUUGGAAUCUGGUAGAAUCAGUGGCGCCUGCCUUCAAGGAAACCUCGCUCUCAACACCUUCRUCGAAGGAUGAGGUGCUUGAUCUCAUCGAUUUAGGUGGCAAGAAUGAAAACAGCAAAGACGGCAGACUGUGGGUCUUCGAUCCGAUUGAUGGCACAGCGAGCUUCCUGCGAGGCCAGCAGUACGCCAUCAACUGUGCCUUCCUUGUUGAUGGCAAGGAAGAGAUUGGCAUUAUUGGGUGCCCGAAUGUAUUGAUCGACUCUGAUACGAUCAGUGAAGAUGCCGUAGACUCAGAAGGACUCGGUGUCAUGAUCUUCGCGGUCCGCGGAGAAGGUACUUGGGUGCGGCCGAUGCAGAAUGAUGGCAAACUUGCGGCUGCAAAACGCAUCCCACGCCAUGGUGAGGACGCCAAACUGGAGAGUCUGAAAUGGUCGGACUGUUCAGCCUAUACGUCGACAAUUCUCCCGCUUCACCAGCAGGUUGCGGCAAAGCUGGGGACUUCUUGGCCGGGUGUUGACCUUUUCAGCUCGUUGAUGAAAUAUGCAGCGCUGGGUCUAGGACGAUCGGAUUUGGUGGUUCGAAUCUUCAAGUACACAAGCUGGCGGAGCAAUAUGUGGGAUCAUGCAGGUGGUGUUCUCAUAUUCGAGGAGGUCGGCGGGAAAGUCACUGAUCUGGAUGGAAACUCCAUCGACUUUACGCAAGGGCGUAAGAUGGCUGCGAAUUAUGGACUGGUCUGCGCACCGAGCAGUGUUCACGCACAUGUUCUCGAGCUGGCCCGUCAGGUCAUCGAGGCACACGUCCAGGCAAACGGACCAAUGCCUGUGAGAAAGUAG